AUGUACACCAACAAACUUCAGAUAGUCGUAGCUUCAUUGGCAAAAGAAAAUGGUCUUAUGUUGAGAAGUAUAUCAACAAGUGCUCCGAAUCAUAAGAACCAAGCUGGGAAAUACCGGGCCACAGUCAACCAGACACAGAGGUUAACUUAUGAGAUGGCCCAGAAGCCACAUCAUAUUGGAGUCCGCAAAGCCUGGUUAUCGUGGCAUACACAUAAUCUAGAAGAAUUCAGAAUAAGGCAGCCGUAUCAAGUUGCGCAGGAUGCAAUUAUACGCCGUUUUAUCAGAGGUUUUUUCAUUGACUACAUACCAUCCGAUGGUCGAGAGAUCGUGAUAAAACGCCGCGGGAACUGCGUUUAUGUUGCUGGAUUUCUCCACUACGGAAGGAGACUGGAAACAAGAAGGAUAUACUGGCUUUUCGGAUUUGCUGAAGAAUUCUUGUCUCUCUUGUUGAAGCAACCCGUGAAGCUGGAAUUGCAGUUUGUCCCUAGCGAGGAGGAUUUAGGAUAUACAUAUAUAUGA